GGAGGCCGCGGUCUAUCAGCGAGAGGGGACUGGGUGGGAUCAUUCUUGCACAGCCUGUCGGGAUGUCGGACGCAUGCGCGAAAACAGAGGCGAAGGCACCAAAAUGAACCCAUUAACCAAAGUGAAACUGAUAAAUGAGCUGAAUGAGCGUGAGGCACAACUGGGUGUGCAAGAUAAGGUCUCCUGGCAUUCAGAGUACAGUGACAGUGCCUGGGUAUUUGUAGGGGGUCUGCCAUAUGAGCUGACAGAAGGUGACAUUAUCUGUGUAUUUUCACAGUAUGGGGAAAUUGUGAACAUAAACCUGGUACGUGAUAAGAAGACGGGGAAAUCCAAAGGUUUCUGCUUUGUUUGCUAUGAAGAUCAGCGAAGCACCAUCCUUGCAGUUGAUAAUUUUAAUGGGAUAAAGAUUAAAGGAAGAACAAUUCGUGUGGACCAUGUGGCUAACUAUCGCCCACCAAAAGACUCUGAGGACAUUGAUGAUGUAACAAAAGCCCUCCGGGAAAAAGGAUGUGGUGUUAAAACACCUCCUCCAAGUUCACCUGAGUCCUCCAAAGACAGUGAGGUGGAAGUAAAGAAACACAAAAAAGAGAAGAGCAAAAAGAAGAAGAAAGAUAAGAGAGAGCACCGGAAAAGGGUGAAAGAGGAUCAGCUCGGUGACUCACCCCCUUCUAAAACCAGGAUCAAAGUGGAGAAGAAAGACCCAGGCUACGAACGAUACGCUAGUGCCAGUCAGCAGACCUCGAGUAGCACAUCUGGACACAAACACACAAACCUGGUGGAAGAGGAGCCCAGGUAUGAGCGUGUGAGAGAGAGGUCUCGUGACAGUGGCACAGACAGGGACAGGCAAGAACAGAGAGCAUCCCAUAGUGAGGACAAGCACAAGAAGGUAGAUGCCCCUAAAGAAAGGUCCCGAGCACCAGAAAGCAGAAGAUCUCGAGAACGAUGGGAGAGAAGAGAUAAGCCUUCCAGGGAGGUGUCCUCAAGCCACUAUUAACCCUCUUCCACCCUUGUGAGUGGAAAGAGACACAAAGGGGGAUGGUGACCUUAACUGCCAGAGCAUCAGGUCAGUGAGAUGAAUAGUACUGGGGGUCAGUAAGGAGUCUGGCUGACUGGGAUGACUUCUUGGUAGGGUGCAGGGUGUGCGCUGUUGGCCUCCCCUUCUGUGCUGCACUGUACUUCUUCUCUUUGGGGAAAAAGAGGCACAAGGAAUAGAGCUGGGCUUCUCUAGUUCCUUGGCGGAAAGAUGUGUACAGUUGACUGGUCAUCUUCAUUCUCUGAAGUUUGGAAAUAAAGCUUCCAUUGGUUUGA